ACAAAACGUGUAAAAUAAACAGCUAUUUACGGCGUUUUCCUCUACUUUACAGCCCCAAGCCCAACUGCAUGGUUGCUAGGUGUCCUAGCGUCCUAUCUGUGUACGGUUGCUAGCUAGCUAAUGGCUACUUGACUAUGUCAGUGUAAGUGAAGCCGAUAAGCCUUGUCGACAAUGGACUAAAUAAGCAAUUGUGGAUGGAUACGUUAAAAGCGACAAUAUCCUAUAUUUACCAAUUCAAUGAUGUGCGAAUAAGGCUCAACAGAAUGCUUGAUCGAAGUACCAGCGUUGUUUAAUGAGAGCAGAAGUCAGAAGUAGGUGUUUUAAAGGUUUUGGUCACUCGCAUGAGUUCCAGGGAGGCAGCCAAGAUGGAGGACAUCUUGGCAACUAAAGCCGAUCUUCUUGGGAUGAUCAAGGAGUACCUUAAGUUUGAGGUAUUUGAAGAGACUGUCCACAGUUUUGACAAGGAAUGCAAAAGUAAAGGACAGGUUGUCUCAAACCAUAAUGGAAGUACUCUCAGGGACGCUAAGACUCGUGGCAUUCAGAAAGACCUUCUUAGCUCUUUUGAUGAUGGAGACCAAAAAGUGUUCUUUGAACUGUGGACAGAGAAUAUUCCCUUUGAGAUAAAAGACGCAGACUCUGAGGCUCAGAGCCUGGAGUUUUACCUUCACAUCCACUUCACCAUCUACCCACUGAGGAGGCACCCUGGUAGACAUGACCGAGCUGAGUUCGAGGAGAGGAUUUCCCACUUCAAGCAAUACCUGGAGACUCGGGGAGCAGCACUGAGCCAGACCACAGAGUUUCUGCCUUACUAUGCAUUGCCUUUCGUUCCCAACCCUACUGUCCACCCCUCCUUCAAAGAUCUUUUUCGGGACUCCUGGAUUCCACAGUUGAAGUAUAAGCUGGAGCAGUUUAUGUCCGUGACGUUGAAGCCGUCAAACACCCCAAGGCUGCUGAAUUUAUAUAAGGAUGGAGGAAGGAGUUCUAAAGAGGCCAUGCAGCAGUUGCAGCUCCAACUGGUUGAAUCGGAGCGGCGGAUCACUAGCCACGUACGGAAAUUCAACAAGAUGCAGGCCGACUACCACAACCUGAUUGGAAUCACUGCUGAGCUGGUCGACACAUUGGAGGCCACCGUCAGUGGAAAAAUGAUCUCCCCUGAGUACGUGCAGAGUGUGUGUGUCCGCCUGUUCAGCAGCCAGAUGAGGCAGAGCGUGGUGCAGAGUACUGACUUCACCAGACCUGGCACUGGAUAUUGCUCUAUGAGUCCCUAUGAUGAUGGAUAUGCCUCCUCGAUGCUACGAGCAUCCAUUGCACCUCAGAGAUCUAAGGAGGUUCCAAUGCUGCCCUCACUGGACUAUGAGAAGCUGAAGAAAGACCUGGUUGAAGGCUCAGACAGACUCAGGUCCCUGCUGCUUCAGGCGCUGCGCUGGAGACUGACUCGCUCACUCCCUGGUGAACAAAGAGACACAGUGCUUCAGGCCUUUAUCAGUAACGACCUGCUGGAGCGUUCCAGCACCAAACAGAAAACGGUGCUUCAUUUAAUGAGAUCGAAGAACGAAAUUACCCGCCAAUACAUGGCUCGUCUCAUUAAUGCGUUCUCUUCCCUUGCAGAGGGUCGGGCUUACCUCUCCCAAAUCCCAAUUCUUCUGAAACUUCUGACAGCGGCGCUCAGGACGGAGGAAAAAGACUCUCUGACUAGAAAAAAUGUGCUAGUGGCCCUGCAGAAACUCAGCCUUAGAAGGAGCCAGCAGACAGCCAUGAUAGCAGACAAUCUGAUUGGCUGGCUGGUGGAUGAGCUGCAGGACUCCGACUGCCUAAGUGACUACACCCUGGAAUACUCUGCUGCUCUGCUCAUGAACCUCUGUCUGCGAACAAAAGGAAAAAGGAAGUGUGCAGAGACCGCCAAGCAUGUGCUAAAGGUUCUCACCGACCUGCUUGGACAUGAGAACCAUGAGAUUCGACCAUAUGUAAAUGGAGCCCUGUACAGUAUCCUGUGUAUUCCCUCUGUGAGACAGGAAGCCAAAGAGAUGAGUGUAGAGGAGAUUCUCCAUUGCUACAGCAAAGAGGACAACCCAGACCUCAACAGACAGAUUCAGUUCAUCAUAAAACAGCUGAACUCAGCUGAUGAGGAGGGGCCAGAGUCAGACGAUGAAGAAGAAGAGGACGACAAUGAUGAAGAUUUAAUGGAAACAGACCUAGAUAUAGAGGACGUUCUCCAACCACAGCCCAGGGAACUGUCUGGAGAGAGUCUGCUUACCACUGAGUACCUGGGGAUUAUGACCAACAUGGCAAAAGUUAAAAGGAAGUUGACCACUCUGCCACAACCAAGUGUUGAUGAACCCCUACAACGGCCAGUCACCCCAAGUUCUCAUCGUAACGCAGUUCAGGGGGAUGGACGUAGCCGGGAUAGGGAAUACCCUCUAAGCAGACAGAAGAGCGACGAAGGAAGCCUGCCUCCUUCUCGUUACAACUCCCGACCUCCAACACGCUCUGGAAGUCGCCCCAGCACUGCUGACUCCCUACGUCACAGUAUCGACUCAGAGUGUGGCCGGUUGUUCCAGGAGUCCGAGUUGGACGGUCCAUAUGAAGGGCAAACCAGAAAAGGACGUUUCCAGGAAGAGCACAAUGGACAUUCUGCCAGUGGUGGUUAUGUCCCUGCAUUUACAAGCCAUCCCAAGAUUCCCCGUACACCCGAUACAACAGUUAGCCAGGACACCAGUGCUCAUCGGCCAAGAGUCCCAGCUUUGGCACCCCAGUAUUCUCAGUCGGAGCCGCAGCCGAGUAACCGACCAGCCUCCGCCAGCUCAACAGGAGGAGGGGGACAACAAAGUGGAAGCAGCCGGUCAAAGAGGAGGUGAAGAGGGAGCUGUCAGCGUGGAGUAGCACUAUCUCCCCGGGAGCAUCAGGCUUCCUGUAACAUCAUCCGCCCAGGUUGUGAUCAGGUUCAGGGCAACAGAGAUAGUCGAGGAUCAACAGCAGCAGGAGAAGGGUCCUGAACAAUGUGAAGGAUUGUGGCCCUCCAUUUUUUUCCCUCCCCCUCCCCCUCCACCUUUGGCUUCAGCACAGACUUUUUCUGCAAAAUAAUAAAGACAAUAACCACAACCCCCAGCCGUCCAACUCUUUGCACCUUGUAGCCUUAGUUGGCCCUGACUUUCUCUUCGAGGUGAUAGUUGGCACAUCUAAAUACGCGUGACAUCCUCCAGCCAUGACAAAGUUAUUGUGGACCAAGAAGCGGGUGUUCUAACUCGGAAGAACGGCUCCAAGUUGCGGCAGUUCAAGAGAACUUAUUUGAUCACCUCUCUGCUUUUUGAACAUAAGCACAUUACAUUUCUUUACAUCAUUAAGGAUAAACAGAGUCCCAUGAACCAAGCUUUUUUUCAUACAUCCCAAACAAGGGCGGACCGCUCAAGUCCAAAUACGAGCUGACAUGUCCGGUCUUAACCCUCAUGCUGUCCUCGGGUCAAAUUGACCCAUUUUCAUAUCAAUAUUCCUUUUAACUACCCAAUUGUAAUACCCAAAAUAACACGAUUGAUUCCACACAACGCUCUUUGGCAAGUACAAAUCUCUACUUUCAUUAAUUUUGGGGUAGCUUAUUUAAUUUUAUAGCAUUUGAAA